CCAGACCCAGACCCCAGAACAGAAUUCGGCCAACCACAGCCAAGAAGGCAAAGCACGCAGGCGCAGACAUUGAAGCGGGUAGUAGAAGGCUGGCGGACGGGCGCGCGCACUCGGCGACCGGGAGAGGCGGUAGCGCGCGCUGGGGGCGGGUACUGAAGCUCUGGCCUGGGGUUCACCGGGUCAUAGGGCUCCGGGAGCUUCGGCCUCGGCCAUGGCUCACAGGCCGAAAAGGACUUUUCGGCAGCGCGCUGCUGAUUCCAGCGACAGCGAUGGCGCUGAGGAGUCGCCUGCUGAGCCUGGGGCGCCGAGAGAAGUUGCGGCCCCGGGUUCUGCGGAAGAAGGGCCGCCCUCUGGAGGAGGCCGCGCGCCGGUGGCAGGACGGCCUCACCGGGUUCGGGGCCCUGGUGGCCGGGGCCGGGUCUGGGCGAGCUCCCGGCGCGCCAAGGAAGCGGCUCCCCGCGAGAACGAAGGCUCGGGUGUCCAGAGUGACGCGGGGAAGAAAGGAGAAUCCAGAGUCUUUGAUAUGUCCACAGAUGAAGAGGAUGAAAUACAUCACUCCUCAGAAAGUAAGGAUGAUCAGGGUUUGUCUUCUGACAGCUCUAGCUCUCUUGGAGAAAAAGAACUUUCAUCAACAGUUAAGAUCCCAGAUGCAGCUUUUAUUCAGGCAGCCCGCAGAAAACGUGAAUUGGCCAGAGCCCAAGAUGACUAUAUUUCUUUGGAUGUAGAACAUACCUCUACCGUCUCUGGUAUGAAGAAAGAGAGUGAAGAUGACCCUGAGAGUGAGCCUGAUGACCAUGAAAAGAGAAUACCAUUUACCCUAAAACCUCAAACAUUUAGACAAAGGAUGGCUGAGGAAUCAAUAAGUAGAAAUGAAGAAACAAGUGAAGAAAGUCAGGAAGAUGAAAAACAGGAUAUUUGGGAACGACAACAAAUGAGGAAAGCAGUUAAAAUCAUAGAGGAAAGAGACAUAGAUCUUUCCCAUCGCAGUGGAUCUUCAAAAGUGAAGAAAUUUGAUACCUCCAUUUCAUUUACACCAGUAAAUUUAGAAAUUAUAAAGAAGCAAUUAAAUACUAGAUUAACAUUACUACAGGAAACUCACCGCUCACACCUGAGGGAGUAUGAAAAAUAUGUACAAGAUGUCAAAAGCUCAAAGAGUACCAUCCAGAACCUAGAGAGUUCAUCAAAUCAGGCUCUAAAUUGUAAAUUCUAUAAGAGCAUGAAAAUUUAUGUGGAAAAUUUAAUUGACUGCCUUAAUGAAAAGAUUAUCAGCAUCCAAGAAAUAGAAUCAUCCAUGCAUGCACUCCUUUUAAAACAAGCUAUGACUUUUAUGAAACGCAGGCAAGAUGAAUUAAAACAUGAAUCAACGUAUUUACAACAGUUAUCACGCAAAGAUGAGACGUCCACAAGUGGAAACUUAGCACUAGAUGAAAAAACUCAGUGGAUUUUAGAAGAGAUUGAAUCUCGAAGGACAAAAAGAAGACAAGCAAGGAUGCUUUCUGGGAAUUGUAACCAUCAGGAAGGGACAUCUAGUGAUGAUGAACUGCCUUCAGCAGAGAUGAUUGACUUCCAAAAAAGCCAAGGUGACAUUUUACAGAAACAGAAGAAAGUUUUUGAAGAUGUGCAUGAUGACUUUUGUAACAUCCAGAAUAUUUUGUUGAAGUUUCAGCAAUGGCGAGAAAAGUUUCCUGACUCCUAUUAUGAAGCUUUCAUUAGUUUGUGCAUACCAAAGCUUUUAAAUCCCCUAAUACGAGUUCAGUUGAUUGAUUGGAAUCCUCUUAAGUUGGAUUCCACAGGUUUAAAAGAGAUGCCAUGGUUCAAAUCUGUAGAAGAAUUUAUGGAUAGCAGUGUAGAAGAUUCAAAGAAGGAAAGUAGUUCAGAUAAAAAAAUCUUGUCUACAAUCAUCAACAAAACAAUUAUUCCCCGACUUACAGACUUUGUAGAAUUCCUUUGGGAUCCUUUGUCAACCUCACAGACAACAAGUUUAAUAACACAUUGCAGAGUGAUUCUUGAAGAACAUUCCAUUUGUGAAAAUGAAGUUAGUAAAAGCAAACAGGAUUUACUUAAAUCCAUUGUUUCAAGAAUGAAGAAGGCAGUAGAAGAUGAUGUUUUUAUUCCUCUGUAUCCAAAGAGUGCUGUAGAAAACAAAACAUCACCUCAUUCAGAGUUCCAAGAAAGACAGUUCUGGUCAGGCCUAAAGCUCUUCCACAAUAUUCUUCUUUGGAAUGGACUCCUUACAGAUGACACCUUGCAAGAACUAGGACUAGGGAAGCUGCUAAAUCGUUACCUUAUUAUAGCUCUUCUCAAUGCCACACCUGGGCCAGAUGUGAUUAAAAAAUGCAACCAGUGUUACCAUAAACACAGGAAAACAACAAUUCCAUCAUUGCAGGGGCACCAUUCACCUAGAGUAUGCAGUGCAGUGGUUCCGGAAAACAGUCCCCUGCACUGAUGGAAGGAGGGAUACAGCUCUUUUGGAGAAUAUUUUGGCAUGAUGAGUACAAAACUUUUAAAGCUUAUAUUCUUUGACUUAGCCAAAGUAAGUUAAGUCAAAAAUUAGAGAUGCACAUAUAGAUUUUAAGUACAAAGAAUAUUGUUAUAGCAUUACUUAUAAUAGAAAAUAGCUGGAAACACCUAAAUAUCUCUGAAAACAUGAUGGUGUUCUCAUAAGAUAAAAAUGUGAAAGGAAAAUAAAUCUCAGAACCUGUUUCAGAUACUUUUGGGUUCGCAAAAGUUAUGUUUUUGAAGAAUUUUUAAGAAUAUGAGAAAACAAUUAUAAUGUGAUUUAAAAACACACACACUUUCCCAGAUAGAAUCGGGUCCGGCUGCUUGUUCUCACAGUCCAAUAGCAAGAUGCAGACAGACUGGGAAAGAAAGGAGCUUAUUUUUGCAACCAGUUACGGGGAAAAGGUUGUAGUAACUCACCAGACCAACUAAAAGUUAGAAUUUUCCGCCCCCAGCACUUAGAUGCAUUCUAAGCUCCAUGCUACGUGGGAGAGUGCACCUACAAGGGAGAGUGUUUCAUUCAGUCUCUAUCUAAUCUAACUAGGGUCUGGAAAGCUUUCUCUAGACUCUUGGGAAGCUUUUUAAUCUUAAGUGGGCCCUGGUACGAGGAAUAUGUGUAAGAACACUCUUAUUAUUUGAUCACACUUUAGGGUCUGGGAAAACCCAGGCGGGGUCUUAAUGGGUUUGUUUUCGCAUUCCAGUUCUUGUACUCAGGCACCAGUUUCUCUAGUUCUUUAAUGUUUAACUUACACAUUCGUCAAAAUUAUAGAAAAGGGUUAGUGGAAACUGAUUCAUCUGGUUGCUGAUGGAAACCUAGCCUGCCAUAAAACUAUAUACCAAUUAUUAGCCAACCAUGAUUGUUUUGGCUAUAAUUUUUGUAUCAUACAGUUUUAAGCAUUAUAUAUUAAAAAUUUAAAUCAUCAUCCAUUUUAUGUUCAGGUUUAGUUUAGGUCCCUUUGACCAUAGGGUCUGUUAUGAAGUGGAGAAGAGGAAAUAUAUUUACACAGCAUUCUCUCCACAGCAUAUGGCUAGAAAACCAGGCCAAGAAAAUAGACUUUUAGUGCUGGGAUCAUUAAUGGAAAAGCUCCAUGGUUAAAUGAGAAUUUUAUUGAAACUUGUGAUACAAAACAAGGGGAAAACAAGUGCAAAUGACAUUCAAUAGUAAAGGCUGUUUUUAAAACUUUUAAAAAAAGAUAGUUUAUCUAACAAAACUUGUAGGAUCUUCUGCCUUAGGCAGUCAAUGAUUCUCUAUUUUUCCUGAAUAGUUAAAACAGGUGAUUAAGGAGUAGAAUAAGUCUUUUGCCUCAACCAUGUUUUAAAUGCUGACCAAUCUUAGAGUGCAUUCUAGAACCUUUAUUUAAUAUACUGUAUAAUAUAUAGGGUGCAUUUUAAUUUUUUCCCCAACUCUCUGCUUUCUAUAAAUAUUGAUCUUGAUGUUACCAACUGUACCAUAAUCUGUAUAAUUAGGAAUUUCUUUGAAUAGUGUGAUGCUGUGGCAGGCCAGAUUUCCAUUAGCAAACAGAACAGUCAGUUUCCAUGAACCUGUUACUAUAACUUUAAUGAAAGUCUAAGCUAAACAUUAAAACUGGAGAAACUGGUACCUGAGUACAAGAACUGGAAUGCAGAAACCAACCCAUUAAGAACCCGCCUGGGUUUUUCUCAGACCCUAAACUCUGAUAGAAUAACAAAAGCAUUCUUACACAUACACCUCAUUCUGUCAUAAGAUUAAGAAACUUUCCAAGACUCUAGAGAAAGCUUUCCAGACCCUAGUCCCUAGCUAAAGAUGAGAUAAAGAUCGAAUGCAAACCCCCAAUUCCAAUCCCACACGUAGCACGGAGCUUUAAAUAUAUACAAGCACUAGAAAAAACCUUACAACUUUGAGUUGGUCUGGUGAGUUACUCUGACUUCCCUGUAACAGGUGGCAGAAAUAAACUCCCUUCUUUCCCAAUUGCCUGAAUCUCGAUUUUGGACCUCAAGAACAGGCAGCCAGACUUUGUUCUCUCCAGGAACAAUAUCGAGUUUUUUCCUUUCUCCUCUUUUCCUCUCUUUUUUUCCCUUGUUUCCUCUAUGAGGAAGUUUUUUUUCUCUCUUUUUAAAUUUUUUCUAACAUUUUUCUGUUUUUACCAAAAUUUUUCUCAAAAUCUUGUAUUACUCUU